UCAUAAAUCGUGCUAACAAAAUGAAAUUGAAUUUCCUGAUUGUUCUAAUAUUAAGCGCUUUCUUCGGCGUCAUAAUAGCUCUUCCACAACCAAGUGGUACGCCACCUAGCGGUCCUCCACCAAAUGGAUCACGUCCCAGCGGUCCGCCACCAAACGGCAAACGUGGUCCCCCACCCAGCAAUAGCACCAGCUCGGGAUAGUUUAAUCACCUAACAACAUACGAAAUACAAGCGUUUGACAACGGAUGAACCUCUAUGUAUUACAUCUGGUCUUAACUCUACAGAUCUACAAUUUUAUAGCAAAUUCAGCACUUCUUUAUUUUUAAACAAAUUUAUAUAAUAUUUCAAAUUA